GGCCUCGUGAAAUCUGAUAAGAAAGCCGCGAAGAUUUACCGGCGCGCCGUGGAGCUCGGGAACGUGGACGCGAUGAAUUGCCUUGGGAUAUUGUACGAGAAGGGGUUGGGCGUCAAGCUGGACAAGAAGAAGGCGGAGAGGCUGUAUCGCAUGGCCGCAGAUCGGGGCGACGCGGUCGGGCAGGUUUGUUUAGGGAGUCUGCUUGAGUCUGAGGAAAAAUUUGAAGAGGCGUUCCGGUACUACGCGCUCUCGGCUGAUCAAGGCUUUAACCCUGGAGAGAAUAACCUUGGCUGCUGUUUCAUGGACGGAAAAGGCACGGAAGUCGACCUCGGCAAAGCCCGAUACUGGUUCGAGCGCGCCGCUGCCAAGGGCCACGAGUCAGCGACAAGGAACCUCGCGCGCCUCGACGCGCGAGCGGGCAUGGAGAACGACAUGAACGCGAUGCUCUAUCUAGAGACGCCUCUUGAGAACGAGGUGCCGGAAGCGGUUUCGUUUUUGGGAAAUGCGUACUGCCGCGGUGACUUCGGCCUCGUGAAAUCCGAUAAGAAAGCCGCGAAGAUUUACCGGCGCGCCGUGGAGCUCGGGGACGUGGCUGCGAUGGCACACCUUGCGGCAUUGUACAUGACUGGAAGUGGCGUCAAGCUGGACAAGAAGAAGGCGGAGCGGCUGUAUCGCGCGGCCGCAGAUCGCGGCGUCGCGACCGCGCAAAACAAUUUAGGGAUUUUACUUCAUUCUGAGAACAGAUUUGAAGAGGCGUUCCGGUACUUCGUGCUCGCGGCGAAUCAAGGUCUAACCUCUGGAGAGACUUGCCUUGGCAUUUCUUACAGGGACGGAGGAGGCACGGAAGUCGACCUCGGCAAAGCCCGAUACUGGUUCGAGCGCGCCGCUGCCAAGGGCUACCAGAAAGCUACAAACGAGCUCGCGCGCCUCGACGCGCAAGUAUAG